AUGGUUGAAGAGGCUAGUAUGAAAGCUUUGGUAAAUCACGGACCGGGUAGAGUUUUACCAGAUGCUUUUGGGGCGCUGAGAAUGUUAGUCAACCUGAAGCGACACCAAAAAGGGAUCGCUCUGCUUGAAUGGAGAACUUUCAUGUUGUGUACAGUUCUAAUUGGUCUAAUCCUGCAAUGGGAUAAUUGCAUCUGGAUAUUAUUGAGCUGUGUGCGGAGAAGUUCGAAUUUUAUCAAUAUAAAUGGGAUUCUACGCGCCGUUCUUUGGAAGCAAAAGGAUGUGCUCGUCUGCAUCUUAGCAUUCCUCUCCCCCCUCCUCCCCUUACGCCCUUUCCUCCACGUCCUCUUCCUUAUUUCCUACCUCCCCAUUCUCACCUCUUCCCACCGGAUCCAGAUAAGCUUAGCAAUAAGUAUAAGGACAACAAUAGAUGCAGUCACUAUACGAGACGAACAUAGUCCAGUCGAUAAAGACAACAUCUUUAGGAUCAAAGAAAAGGACGAAUGGAGACAUAUUUUUAGUGGGGUAACUGUAUUCUUUCUCCUACAAUUCUCUGCUUUCCUGUCGCAUAUCUACGCGACAACGGGAAUGACCUGCAAGUCAGAAACUGCCCGUAUGAGCACUGACUACGAAAUUUGCGGCUUCACCCUAAAGAGUUGGAUCAACCAUGUGUACCAGCUCAAGUCGGAUGGACCGCCCGAGAUAGGUGUGAGUCAUAUGAAUGUGAACCUGAGAACAGUUUGUAGGAGUAGCCACGAGAAAAUGACCCUCUACAAUCAUAUGUUUCCGCUUAGAACCUCAUGGGUUUAUAAUGCAUUGCUCCCCCUAUUCAUAGGCACCCAUGCCGCCUUCCGCAAAUUUAAACCAUUGAAGAGUCUACAAGGGCGUUUCGUCCAUGAUCGCUGCAACACUCCCCUCGCCCACGGAAGGAACAUCGGUUGUGCCAUGCGUGAGAAGAGUUCUGCGGUGAUUAGGAGAGAGGAAAAUCAGCCACUCCAGGUGGAGGUGUCGUUGAAAAUAGGCAAUUGUCACGCACAUGUCAAAACGGCCGCCGUGAUGUAUACGGAGGGUCUUAAGCCUGCUAACUUCAAUACCAUGUAUAGCAGGGGAUUACCUAUCAGGGGUCUUGAUAGGGCUAGGUUUGUUUCGCGAAGGGAUUUGUUGGUACUGGUUUCUAAUCAGAACCAUCAAGAGGCAUACGACAUUGGACCAAGGCACAGUCAGUGGUUUGUUUUUAAAUUGUAUGAAGUUAGGGUUAAUUAUGUCAAGCAUCUUCACCAUGAGAAGCAUAGCGUUCGGAUUGCCUUACGGGAAAAGGGUGUUUCGGUAAGCGAGCAAGAUGUGGAGGCUGCAGGGAGGUUCAUGAUGCGGAGGCAUUGUAUGGAACCUUUCGACAUGGAACGACGAAUUGAAAGGUCUAGGUUACCUGAAAAGCUGGCAGAUCCGUGUUUUGACUCCAGUCUUCCCUGCCUAGCUCCGGGAGCACUUCGCACGUACGUGCUUCUAAUUUAUGGCCACUAUUUGCUGGGCGGCCUUUCUCUUCAUAUUCAUUAUGCGAUUCUUUCACCAUUUUGUAGCCCACCUACACAUUUCGUCACGCCAACUCACUUGUGUGAGCCCUAUUCUCAUAACAACGCAAUCACUGUCAAUCUGCUAAGAGCAAAAAAAUUCUUCUCCAGGUACUACACUACCUCGAUUCCGCGCCUUGCAACUUCAACCAGGCACAUUACCGGCAAUAUGCUUCUCACCGCUAUUCUCGCUUCCUGGUUCGCAGCCAGUUCCCUCUGUCUUGCCCUUCCCGUUCAAGAAACCGUCCGUUCCGACCCCGGUCCCUUGGGCACUCAUAUACGAGGUUGCGGUACCGUUUCUUCUGAAUCAAAAGGCAGCGGAAUGGCUGCAGGCCUCAUUUCAGGAGAUGUCUGCCACAACACGCCCAUUCCAUAUGGCUUUCCGAUGAAAUAUUAUCGGGUUGGCGGUGGGUUUUCCACUAACAAUAUUUCAUUAGAACCCCGGAUUGUCCAGGCAACUGGCCAGACCUCGGUAUCGCCUUCGGCCCUGCGCACGGCGACUUUGCAGCCCAAUCGUACAUCUGUCACGACUACUAAGCCCGACUACAAGUACACUGGUAUACCUCCUUUCGGUCUUCUAGAUGACACUUGCUUUCGCAAUCCCCUCAAUCUCGAAAGCAUCCCCCUUUGGUCUUGCAAUACGAUAUCAGAAUGCUUCAGUGUUCAGAUAGAGAAUGUGAGGACCUUCCACGACAUUUAUGGUAGCAUGUUGGAAGCAUGGGAACAUAGCACAGACGCAUUAGGAGACCUGCAUAUGGUCAGCAAUUCUAUACGUCAUCUAGGACAAUUCAAAAUCAGGCUUUUUUCACAUUCUGCUAGCCUGUCUGGAUGUUCUCCUUCCUGGAGUUCACCAAGUGCGCCUUCCCUUACCCCUUGGACCUGUCAUACGGGGCCCAACUUGCCUCAUUGCCGAAUCACGUUGAAAAUUCUCGCUGCUAAUUUCUCCAUUGCCAGCAGAAACUAUAUCAUGACGCUUCCAGUCCACUGCCGCUACCCCUACGACUCUCUCCUUCCUCACCUUCCCUUGCACGUGGUUCUUAUAGUCACCGAAUUCAAUCCUCUAACGUCAUUCCAUCCCUCAACUCCUCCUAUCCCGCUCGUCGUAGCUACUCCAUUCAAGGCGGCUAAUCUGGGUGACCAUCUAGAGCUCAAGGCUCCACGUAGGUUGUUCCAGGGAUGUCAUCUAUACACCAAGUCACGUCUGUUUCGACUUUCUACUCCUAAGAGCGGUCUAGUGAGGCACGUCAAGCUCUGGAAUGGCUGCAUGUUCAAUAAAAUGGCAAGCUUUAUCCUCAUGAAGAGGAUCCAGAUUACAUACUCUCGUAUCACUGUCUUACUGCCCAUUUCCUCUAAAGAGUUAAUAUCUUUUCAAGAUCUCAAUGGUAUAUUCCGUGGCGCGGAAACAGGUAGGAGCACAAUCAGCUUAGAUAGUCAAUUACUAAGCUCUCACACCCGUUUAUACGAUCUUGGAACAUGCAUUACACCUAAUUAUCCCCCUUUAGCGUGUGAUGCACUCUUUCUUUCAUCUUUCGUGUGA